AGCCACACAAUGCGUGUUGCUGUGUGUGAAGUGCUUGGAGAGAUCCUUGUUCGGGUCCUGUGUGGUGAUGGCCUCGAUGAGUCUGGUAAAGCUGACCGCGACCGAUUCUUUGACACACUGCAGGAGCAUCUGCACGACACACAUUCCCACGUGAGGGCACGUGUGUUGCAGGUCUACACACGCAUUGUGAACAGCAAAGCACUCCCUCUGUGUAGGUACAGCGAAGUGAUGGAGCUUGCUGUGGGGCGACUUAUGGACAAAUCUAUAAAUGCUGUGAAGAGUGCUAUUCAGUUGUUGGCAGCCUUCAUUGCACACAACCCCUACAGCUGCAAGUUGAGCAGCGCAGACCUUAAGAAGCCACUGGAGAAAGAGACCGCUAAACUCAGAGAGAUGAAAGAGAAACUGGAGGGAAAAGCACCAG